AUCCUCCCAGGGGACCGCCUUGGAUGACACCUCCCCUGGCGUGGGGCAGGGGACCCUGCUGGAGGCGGUCCCAUCCUUCUCGCUCCGCCCGGGAGAAGAGAGGGUUUGGGGACAGCGGCCGUACUCCGGACUCCUCUUCAGGUUGCACAGUGGAGGCAGCAGCGGAACCUUUCUCCUCCGCCCCCGUCUGGAUUCCACCCGGGCCCAAUUGGGACCGGACGCGGUGGGGGAGACUUAAACAUGGAGGCCGCGGGCUCUAGGCCUGGUGAGCCUUCCUCUGGCCUGGAGGCUCCGGGGCCCACGGACGACCGGCUUUUCCUGGUUAAAGGUGGAAUUUUCCUUGGUUCUGUUGCUGCAGCAGGAAUGUUGGCUGGCUUUGUUACAACACUAUCAUUGGCUAAAAAGAAAAGCCCUGAGUGGUUCAAUAAGGGAAGCAUGGCUACAGCUGCCUUACCAGAAAGUGGAUCUUCCCUUGCCUUGAGAGCUCUUGGCUGGGGCUCACUUUAUGCCUGGUGUGGGGUUGGUGUGAUCAGCUUCGCAGUCUGGAAAGCUUUAGGAGUUCACAGUAUGAAAGACUUUCGAAGUAAAAUGCAAUCGAUAUUUCCAACAAUUCCCAAGAACUCCACGUCAGCUGUUGAGUGGGAAGAAGCACUGAAAUCUAAAUAGAAGGACAUGGACGAAUUCCAGAAUGAUCGCUGCAAGAAGGGUGGUUUUGGAAAUACCACCACAACUGAAAAGGAACUGGGCCAACUUCUCCUUCGGAGCCUGAACAGAUUGUUGACAGAGCCACAGGAUGGGCAGUGUCCAGAGGCCCCCUGGCAGGCGUCUUCCUGUUUGCCUGAGCCUGUGUCGGGGGAGGGGCUGUCGUCUCAAAGUUCCGAUGACUAUUAAACAAUCCUAAUCAUUGGGGUAACUUCCCCAGGUGCAGAGGUCCCAAAGGAAAUAUGUCUGCUUGGAACAGUAAACCUAACGUUGUACCUGGAAAAAAAAGUCUAUAAUAAAGUAUGACAGUCUUUAUAAUCAGACCCCUGACAGCAGUGGUACCUCCAUGUGUCCAACUCGGUGGGUUUGAAGAGCCUCUCUGGGGCUGCAGCUGUGGCUCAGUGGUCAAGCACUUGCCUAGCACGUGUGAGGCUGGCUUCCAUUCUCAGUCCUGAAUAUAAAUAAGUGAAUAAAAAUAAAAGUCCAUCAACAUCUAGAUUUUUUUUUUUUUUUAAAGAGCCUUUCCUGUCAUUAUAUGACAGAAUUUGGAAGACUUGUUGCUGUGAGGCAGUCUCCAAAGUGACAGGCUCAUAGGUGACUCCCAUAUUUGCAGCUAGCACACAUGCCAGUUACUCACUUGAAGGCCCUAUAAAUUAUUAUGCUUACAACAAAAAGCCAACGACGGACUAUGAUAACUUGAAAUGACACAGUUGGGCUAAAAUAAUAAUAAUGGGUAUAAGAUAUACUUUCUUGAGAAAUUAGUUCAGGGUCCUUGAACACUGACAAUUUAUAGUUUUGUCUCAAAGUAAUAUCAGCUCAGUUGUCACCUUACAUAUUUUUAACAGAGUCAUCUGAGUUCUGAGUCUCAGCAUUCAGAAAUUGGUACCUGUUCCUUAAAGAAGCUAGUUCUUACAUACCCAACCCUCUCAUGUCCUCCAUGAUCUCACAGAAAACAGGUGGAGAAUAAUGUCUACGUGCAAUUAUUUUUACCGGAAAUUAAAAUUCUUUAAAAAAGAGAAAAUACUUUAAUGUGUCAGUAUGUCCAGAGAAAUCACCUCUGGUUGAACAUCAGUUGUGCAAUUUCCUUAGAAUGGCUUAGGCUCUAAUUAGUCAGCAAUCAGGUUUAAUAAAGCACAUUUGAAAUUUCUGUUAUAAUGAAACCUUUUAGUUGUAAGGGAAAAUUUUAAAUGAAAUGUCAAAUGCAUAAUGUAACAUUCUUCUCUAGACCACGCUACCCUGUUAAAAUUACUGUAUUGUUAAUUAAACAGGUGUAAUCAG